GAAUGUGAAAUUUAAAGAAAAAAUCUUAAGUUGUUAUUUGUGUAAUCCAAUUAACCAAUUUUGAGAGAACAGUGCCAAAAAAGAGAAGAGACAGCAACAAACAGCGGUACUCGCUGAUAAAGUAGUGUUUAUUGUUUAAUACACAAUCCAAGAUCAGUUAUCAGCGUCCAUUUUGCCAUCUCAGUUGUGUGUAAUCGCAGAAGGUGUUUUUUGAAAUUCAUUUACUUCAGUGAUUUGUGUCCAGUGUUUUGUUUUUUAUCUUGUUUUGCGAAAUAAUUAUUCAAUAGAAUUCUUCCAAAGAGCCAUGUCCGUCACUGUUUCCUUAUGCUGGGGGUUUUAUCUGCUGUUUGGUUUGCACGUCACACUGGGUCAGUUGGCCUACCCAGAAUCUCUACAGACUGACAAGUCCAAAUCCAACAUCGACGGACGCUUACCUCUAUAUAGUCCUGCACGAUGCAAACAACAUGAACUAUUAUAUCCGGGCGACCAAAAAGAUGAUUGGAUAUGCGAUUGUGCUCCAGCUGCUUUGUACUAUCCCGAAAGUGAUGCCUGUUUCCCAGCCUUUCGCCGUGGACCUUGUGAACGUAAUGAAAUUUUAGUACUCGGCAAUGAUGCCAUCAUACCGGAAUGCAUACCAAAUGCCUGCAAGGUAGAUGGACAAAUUCAAAUUCACAAUGUGUGCUACGAGUUGGGUAAGGCAGGACCUUGCCCCAAUCCUCAGCUCUCCUAUGUAGUUGGUGUAGAUCCCAAGACGCUGCACAUCGAUUGCGUUAAAUUAUCGAUUUCGGUAGAAUCCAGAUUCGGCGAUGAGCCCAAACAUAAUUAUGACUUGACAAAUGUGGAAAAAUGUGCACGCGGUUCUAAAAGGGCUGUACAAGGGCGUUGCCCUUCCUAGAAAAAAGGUACUAAAGCACUCAAGAAAAAAUUUAAAAGAUGUUUUUAAAAAUGUUAACAAAAAAAAAAACAGUUUAUAACAAUUCAAUAGCAAUAAAAAUGUAAAACAAAAGCAAAA